CGCCCCCCAGAAAUACCAAUACCCAGAUAGAUCUUCGCCGACCUCUCUCUUCCUCCCCCAGAAAACUUGGAUCUCGCUCGGCCGGCCUUGCUGCUGCUUCUUGGGCCGAGCCCUAGCCUAGCCCCCGAUCGCCUCCAUCUCCUCCUCCCAUUUUGUGAUUGCUGGCUACUAGUUUAUCAGCAUGGCUGAUGAAACUGGCAUUGAGAAUCAAGUGGUCCAAGGUAAUGAGGUUGCUGAGCUCAUGAAUGAGGCAGUCCAUGGUGAUGAAUUCGUCCAAGGUGAUGACUUAGCUCAAGGUGAGGAUUUCACACAGGGUGACUUGUUGCUCCAAGAACAUGGGAUGGCCAUUACUGAGUUGACCACCCCUCGAACCACGAGGCACCGGAGAAAGAAGUCCCCGGUGUGGGAGCACUUCACCAUUGAAGAUGCUAAUGGAGGGACCGCCACACGGGCAUGCUGCAACCUGUGCAAGAAAACCUUUGCUUACAGCUGUGGUUCAAAAAUUGCAGGGACUAGUCAUCUGAAGAGGCACCUCACCAUGGGUUCAUGUACUAAGAUAAAAAGCCAAGAGUGCUUACAGGCUCUGCGUGCAGCAAUUGGGACUGACGAUGAAGAUGAGGCUACUGUGAAGCGGCGGUCUAAGAGGCCUUACAGACGUACUGGUUUUGCAAAUGCAUCUUUUGAUCCUGAUGGCAGUUCUUCAUGCCUGGCAAAGAUGGUCAUUUUGCAUGAUUACCCACUCCACAUUGUUCAACAGCCAGCCUUUACUGCUUUCGUUGAUAGUCUGCAGCCUCGUUUCAGGGCCGUAGAUGUUGAUGCAAUGGAGAGGGAGGUGUAUGCUGUUUAUCAGAAAGAAAAGGAGAGCCUUCUGCAAGCACUCAGCACUAUGCCUGGAAGGAUUAGCCUCACUAUUGGAUUAUGGACAACUAGUCAAACUCUUGGGUAUGUUUCACUAGCUGCGCAGUUUAUUGACUCUGAAUGGAAACUACAUCGAAGAAUGCUUAACUUCACGAUGGUGUCUUCUCCUCACUCGGAGAAUGCACUUAGUGUUAGUGGAGCUAUUAGCAGAAGCCUUUCUGAGUGGAGUAUGAAGCAGAAGCUAUUCACCAUCACAUUGGACAAUGAUUGCUCAUCGCAUGAUAUCUACAGUGCAAACUUGAGAGAUCAUCUCUCCAAUAUGAAUGACCUCAUGCUAAAGGGCCAGCUAUUUGUUGUGAGGUGCUAUGCCCAUAUCCUGAAUGGAGUUGCACAGGAUGUCAUUGCUUCAGCCCACGGUGUCAUCUACAACAUCCGGGAAAGCAUAAAGUUCAUAAAAGCUUCUCUUAGUCGUGAGGAAAAGUUUGCUGAGAUUGCUCUGCAGCUGGAGAUCCCCGGUACGAAGACCCUUUGUCUGGAUGUUACCACCGAGUGGAACACUACUUAUCUCAUGCUUUUGGCUGCCUUGGAUUAUAAGCAGGCUUUCACUACACUAGAAACAUGUGAUGAUAACUACAAUGAAGCACCUUCAGCUGAGGACUGGAAAAAGGUUGAGGCUGCUUGCAAUUAUUUGAGGCUUCUGUAUGAGUCGGCUAAUAGUAUCAUGGCAACAGCAAAUCCAACUUCAGACAUCUUUUUCCAUGAAGCUUGGAAACUCCAGCUAGAGCUGGCAGGUGCCACCAGACAUGAAGAUCCAGCUUUCAGUGGCAUUGCAAAAGAUAUGUAUGAGAGGUUUGACAAGUACUGGAAAGAUUGCAACCUCGUGUUAGCUGUUGCUGUUGUGAUGGAUCCACGUUUUAAGAUGAAGCUUGUUGAGUUCAGUUACUCAAAAAUUUAUGGUCUUGAGGCAGCGAAGUAUGUUAAGCUGGUAAAUGAUUCGCUACAUGAGCUUUAUAAGGAGUAUGUAGCACAGCCGCUACCAUUAACACCGAUCUUUGUUGAACAAGGGGAAACUAGUAAUGCACCUGCCAAUGGGAACAACACUGAAGCAACUCCACCUUCAACUGGUGAUGGUCUUCUAGACUUCGAUAUGUAUCUUUCUGAGAUUGCUACAAGCCAACCCUCAAAAUCUGAACUAGAGCAGUACCUGGAUGAAUCCCUCACUCCGCGUAUCAUAGAGUUUGACGUUCUUGGCUGGUGGAAACUUAACACACUCAAGUUUCCAACACUCUCGAGGAUGGCGCGGGAUAUCUUGGCCAUUCCAAUGUCCACAGUGACCAUUGGCACCUCUAUAUUUUCUGCAGGAACAGGAACCCGCAUGCUUGAUGACUAUAGGAGCUCGCUUCGCCCGGAAAUCGUUGAGGCGCUUGUUUGCGCGAAAGACUGGCUUCGUUUUUCGCCAACUACCUAAGAGACUCCGAGCACUUCGCUGGUCAAGAGGAUUAGGCCUUGUUGAAGCAUGCAUUUCUUUGUGGUACCUAUGUGUGGUCUCUUAACUGUAGGUGUGUUUCAGUUUGUGUGAACUGGCUGUGAUCCGUUGCAUCAAUUAUGUCAUCGUAGAACAUAUAAUUUGCUGUGUUGAACUCUGUUUACCUCCAUGGUGUAAUGCACCCUUUCGUGUGUCGUGCCUGUAAUCUGUGAUCACAGAGAUUAUCUGACACUGCUUUGAAUGUCGCAAAUGAUUCAUGGCAUGGGUUCAAGGAGUGGUAUCUCAAGGUGCACAAGUUGAUUUC